UAAAAUAAAGUAUCAAUUAACUGUUUCAUAACUAUUUACUUUACAUUUUAACGAUAACAUAAUUUUUUACCGAGUGAUGGUGCGAUAAAGUGAUUUAACAGUAUAAAAGUCGCCAUUUUUAAUGACAUUGUUUGCCAAUCAUCGUCUGUACGUCGUUGGCAGUGAACGGAACGAAACGCUGUCUAUAGAUCGCGGUCUGGCCCGUCUGGCUGAAAAUAGUGAACCAAGUAUGAGUUUUCGAAAUAUGUUCGAAUAAAAAGUGUACAGUGAAUUAUUGUCAUCGAGCAAGAUGGUUGAUGACGUGAAAGAUAUUACGGAAAAAGCUGAAAGCAAAGAGGCGCUAGACCGCGCGCGCCUGGCCCGCGAGCGGCGGGAGGCAGAACAGAGAAAGAGGUUAGACGAGCUCCGAGCACAUGCGGCCGCGGCGCAGGCGCAGAGGGAGAAGAGAGACGAGGAGCGACGGAGACGGCAGGCGGAGCAGCGGGCGAAGGACGACGAUAGGCGGAUACAGGUAGAAGAGCGCAAGAAAGCGAUAUGGGAGGCGUCAAUAUCGCGACGGGAGGCGUUGCUGCAACGCGAGCGCGACCGCACGGAGCGGAUGGAGCGCGCGCGAGCCGCUCGCUCGGCGCCGCGGCCGGCGUUCGCGUUCGGUUCGUCGACACCGCGGCUUCUCGAGCCCGUAGACUCCGCGGGCUUCUUCUGGGCCGCGCGCAGUACCAACCCCGCAGAUCAGAUGAACUUUUUUGAGUCACUGGCGGCAUCAACGACGAAUGUGAUGUACGCGUCUGCGCCGCUCACGAGACGCGCGUCUGCACUGCACCUAGACUCCGACACCGAGACCAAAGACGAACCGGAGCGCACGCCGUGGUCUUCAGUUGCGCGGCGACGCACGGACCUGGUCCCCACGCUGCCGGCGCGCGUAGGUAGGGCGUAUUCCAUGACGCGCCUCGACGUGCGCAGCGCCGCGUCGCCGAGCGUCUCCGUGCGUCAUCUCUCGCAGCCGCGCUCAGGCGACACGACGCCGUCUCGCCCGGGCAGCGCGUUAUCCGCUGCGCCCGUCGUGCGUCGCACAACACCGCGCCGCCCACGCCCCGCCAGCAUUGCCGGUACGGGCGUACAUACACCACGAGGUGGCGACACGGGGGCGAGCAGCGCGGCGACAACACCGUCGGUGUCGCGCGACGCGACCGUCGUCAGCAGACCGGCGACGACGCCGCGACGCCCGCGACCGCUGUCGCUGCAUGUUGCCAAGACAGCGUCGCCUCUUGCUCCCGGUGAAGGCAAGCCCCCAGUCCACAGAAAACCAAAGCCAUCCAAAGAUCACGACAGAUCUGGUCGCGGCAAGUCGCUAUCGGCGUCGCCUGGUCGCGGGUUGUCGCCGUCGCCUCAGCGCGACCGCACGCGCGACUACUCGCGCGACCACACGCGCGAACACAGCCGCGACAAGGAACUAAAGGCGGCGGAGGGUGCUCAGUUGAGCGCGGAGGCGGUGACGCAGAAGCUGGAGGCGUUGAGGUUGGAGGAGCGGCACACACAGAAUGAACAAAAAUCUGAAGCGACACGCGUUGAGCAGGAAACGAACGAAACGGCAGAGCAGAAGAUAGAACAGACAGAAAUACAGAAGCCAAUCGAAAAAGAAGAGAAAAUAGAGAAGAUGGAUGUUGUGGAAGAGAAGAAAGAAUUUGAAAAGCAGAUAGUUGAGGAGAAGAAAGUACAGAGUGUCGAAGAGAAGAAGGAACAGAAGAUAGAGGAGAAGAAGGAGCAGAAGGUAGAGGAGAAGAAACAGAAAGAAGAGAAGAGAGAAGACAAGCGGGAAGAAAAGAAGGAGCCCUCGCAGGAAAAGACUGAGGAGAAUGAAAUGACUGCAUCGAUGACAGCGCGGCGCAUCACGACUGAGGAGGAGGCGAAGGCGGCGCUCGCGGAGCGGCGGCGGCGCGCCAGGGAGGAGCUCGAGCGACAGGCUGAGUUGGAGCGACAGAGGUUGCAACGCGAAGCGGAGGAGGAGGCUGAGCGACAGAGACAGGAGGAGGAGAGACAGAGACGGGAAGAGGAGGAGGCGAGAGAGCUGGCCGCGCUGCAGCGACGCGUGGAGGAGGAGAAGUUGAGGAAAGCGAUUGAGGCGCAGCAACAACUCGAGAAGGAGGAGGCGGAGCGUCGGGCGCGCGAGGAGGAGGAGCGAGCGGCGCGCGCGCGGGAGGAGGCGGAGCGGCGGCGCGCGGCGGAUGAGGCCGAGCGCGCGCGCAGGGCGGAGGCGGCGCGCGAGGAGCAGGAGCGUAUAGCGCGGAAACAGCGCGUCGAGGCCAUCAUGGCGCGCACGAGGCUCAAGAAGCAAGCCGAGGAGGACAAGAAGGCGGCGGAGCUGAAGGCGCAGGCGGAGUCGCCCGCGCCGCACAAGGGUGAUAACGGCAACUCGCAACAGACCGCUCCUAGUCAGGCCGAGCCUAUCCCCGCUACUGAGUCCGCGCCAGCGGAGCAAGCGGAGGCCGCGCCGGCGCCGCCCACAAACAACGGCAAUGUCGCUGACCUGCUGGGCCUGUCCGACCAAAAUGAGACACCGGACAAACCCGAAGCGGCGCCGCGGACGGACAACGCCAACACAACCAACGGCAACGUGUCCGCUGCCUUUAUCGAGACGGAGCGAGCGAAGCGCGUGGACGACGACUACACCGCGCACAACGGACACAUGCACCCGCUGACGCUGCAGAACGCUAUCUAGGAUGAUCCGCGAAGCCGUGAAGCCGUGAACGCGUGAAUGUUCUCGCCGUGAAAGGAGAAAGUUGAAAAAAAAGCCCCGUGGAAUAAUUUGAAAUCGUGUUAUGUAAUUGAAAUGCUACAAGUAAAAGGCAUAAGGCGUGAAAAAUAAAAAACGCGCCGUGAAAUAAAGUUUUGCUAGUAACGAAAAAGCCCCGUGAAAUAUUUUGAAAUCAUGUUGUUAUGUGAGUGAAAGUAUAAGGCGUGAAAAUUAAAAGAAAAUCGUGUUUCUUUAUUGCGUUUUAAAAAGUGAAAAUUAAACAUUGUCAAAACUCACGAAAAUACGCGUUUUUACGUGUCUUAAAUUACUUAUUAAACUAUGUCAAAAUCUACUAAAAUCUGCUAGGCUUUUCAUGAACGCGUGAUUUCGUACAUAAUUUCACGUCUAUUCGCGCUUUCACGGCAAGUUUGUAGCCAGAGAACUGUAGGAGAGAUAGGUGUUAUUUUUUUUAAUAAAUGGGAAUUUUAGCUGAAGUACAAAAGGAUGCAACGGGGUACGUAAAAUUUUGAAAACGGCAAUUUUAAUUUGAAAACAUUUUUCGAUGAAACGGUAGAGUGCGAACUCAGCUACUAUAAAAUUAAGAUUAUAAAACAUUGCUACAGAUUAUGUACGGUACUAAAAAAUAUCAUUAUACUAUAUCUGGAAUCAAUGUAAAUUGUUGGUCAGUCAGCGAGAAUGUUUAGCAGUUUGGUAUGUUUCGACUUUGAACUUUAACGCAUGCAAAAUAGAGUUUAUUUUUCCACAAAGACAUGAUUUUACAUGAUUAUUUGUCUGCAGUCAAGUCUUGUGGAAACAUAGACUGUAUUUCGAUUUCGCUAAAGUCGAAAAUCGAAAUAGAAUAGUGAACAAUAGAAUUUUAGACGUCGAAAAAAUUCGACUUUCAGAAGUGCUAAACAUUUCGGCUGUAUUAUAUUAUUGCAUUUAUAUAGCAACUUCGGAAUUUUAAUGCUGUUUUGUUUUGGUAAGCAACAGAUUUCAUCGCUUGUUCCUCGUAUUAUUAUAGCAUUAACGUACAAUGUGGGACAUAAAAAUUUCGCAGAAAAAUAUAUACAGCAUAUCAAUAAGAUCCUGUUAAAGCUACAUAGUAUAUUUUGCUGUUUUCUAUUGGCUUUGAAAGAGUAUAUUUAAGGUUCCGUACGCACGGUUUCUGUUGUCGUUACAACAAAAUAUUCUAAGAACUUAACUAUGUUUGGUACGGAACCCAUCGUGCUCGAGUCCAACGUACAUUUUGCGUAAACAUUCCAAUAUUAUACGUUAAUGCUACUGACAACAAAAUCAUCAUAAUCUGUAAUGAAAUUAUUAAUAAUAAUUUGGUGUCGCGUCUAGGUUGUGUAUAGGUCCGCUGUUCUAUACAGUGCUAUAAUAAAUUAUUAUAAUAGGAAUUUAUUUAUUGUGAUGUUUUUUUUUAUUAAUAAUCUUGGCUUAGACUGGAGAAACCGUCAGUUUUGAUACUUAGAUAUGCUAUUCGCUGAAGAAUGCACUGCCUUUGAUUUACACUAUAGAGUAUUACUACGCAGCAGAAUACAGUGAUUAAACAUACGAUAAUGAUUCUUAACGUGUACUGAAUAAAAUCUAAUUUUGAAUUUCCAUCUUAUAAAGGUGCCGCGUUUCGUUUGGCUCUGAGUAUUUUAAUGGCAGUGCAUUUUUUCGGCAAAGUACUAAAGCUAUGUAUUUUAAUACAUAACUAUAGUAUAUAGUGCUUUAUAGAUAGUUAUUACAAGGCGUUAAGGCCGUGUGAACAUAUGUAUCCAAAAUUUUUAUGAAUAUAUCAAAUAUUAUCCAGUCUGUAAAUUUAGAUUUUUAAACGAAAUAAUCAAAUUACAAAUCAAUUUUAACUACAUGUUUUUACUAACUCAACUAAUAUAGAACAUCUUAAGUAUACGAAUACUAUUGGUAUGUGCAAUAGUGAAUCGAGCAUAUAACCAAUGGAGCGGUAAUGUAAUUUUGUAGCUGCGUUUUGAUUGGCCGAAAUUGUUGCGUCCGUGCAGCCAUUGGUUAAUAGUUUGGUAUAGUAUCAACGUGCGUGUUUUAUUGGAUUCAGUAAAUUUUUAAACAAAUAUGGUUUACAUUGCCUCUCUAAGUAGACGCAUGUUAAAGGAGGCUGCAACGAAUCGGGCCGCAUUUGGAUUUAUUUAUAAUGGCCAAUCCCGCUGCGCCCGUCAUGACGUGCGUGAACUGGUUAUUGCUCGAUAAAUUUUAUCAAUGGCGAGUUGUAGUAGUUAGUACUGACAUUAAUCAAUUUCCAAUACGUCUAACACAACCAUGCAUAAUAGAAGAGACAUGGCAGCUAACUUGAAAUCUUUUUUUGCAUGGUUUAUUACAUUGUCUAGAUUCACGGCGAGAAGGCGAGAACUCUCGCUUCUCGACGGGCCUUAUUUAUAUGGGCUUAGGGUCAGUUCAUACGGAACGAAACACGACGCUGCGAAACAUAAAAGCCAUAGAAUUCUACCGUCACGCUGUUUGAUAUAUUUUGUAUUGCUUUCAUGUCGUCGUCAAAGUCGGGCUGCGUUCCAGUGUCACUGACCUUCACAAUAACAAAUGUUAACUAUAGUAGGUUAUUAACGAUGCAUAAAAUUGUAUAAAUAAGUAGUUAGCGUUCAAAAUAUCUCAUGCUGUUGAGUUACUGUCAAAAUUGGACCAAAAAUUGGCCUCAGAGGCCUCCGUUAUUUGUUAUCAGUUUUGACAGAGGGUGUGACACAUUUCUUAUUUUUCUAUGUUUUAUUAAGAAUAGACAAAUUGUAGGUAUGCUUUCUUAUAUUUAUCUUAGUCCGGUCAGAGGAAAGAGAGAGAUUCACGCUUCUUGUCUCUCGCACUCGGCAAUAUUUGUAUCUCGCUUCCAUGCAUAAUAUGCCAGCCAGACUUUCGUGUGUGAAAGAGACGAGCUAUACGUCUAUCAACUCUCUCUAUUCUGCGACCGGACUCUAGUAUGUCCGUGAAAAUGGUUUUCGGGAAUUCCAUACAUCAUCGUCAUAAUAACGAAGAUUGCCGAGAACCAUUAGCAAGUUUUCUCGCUCUACUUGCUGACAAGUGCUUACCUUGUUUUAAGUUUGUGAAUAUCACAUGCACACCCUGAUACACAAUCCAAAUGUUCAUUUCAUAACAUCCUAUUUAUCAAUUUUUAUUCUUACUAAUAAAAAGAUUCACACUGUGUAUAGAUGUUGUUCUCUGUCCUUUUCUAACAAGCAACUUAUCUAUGGCAUUAGAAAAGGACAUAUAUAUAAGGUCGGUAUAUUCUGUGAAUAUUUUUAUUAGUAAGUGUCUUAGUAUAGAGUAAUAUUAGUGGGGAUUCCAUCCUCGUUGUAUAUUCCAUUUAUGUUUCUUAUAGCUGGCUUGCGUGGCGUACUGUGGAUGCGUCUGAUAAUGCUUACGAAAUUAAUUUAUAUAGAAAAGUAUUUAUUUCAUACGGUACUUGAUAAAAUCGGUUAUACCAAGACAAGAGGCGACAAGUGAUUUUAAAUACGCAUACAAGUUUCAUACAUAGAAGGCUUACAUUGUGAACGGCGCAGCGCGAAUACUCUUUAUUAUAGAGCAAAUCGAACGCUUGCAAUGACACUUGUAUCUUUUUACGUACUGAAUAAAGUUCAAUUUUGUAUGUGUUGGUAUAGCUGAUGCUAAUAUGGAAUGAUUAUCAAGCGCACUAUUUCGAGUACGCCGCGGUAACGCGUAUACAAUCCUAGGCAAACAAUUACGCUAAUCGUCCAUUUUGUAUGUUACGAGCGAAUUAGUUUUAUCGCGAUGCGCUCGCGUUUUUGUAAUAUUCCCUUUAUUUUCGUGUACGUUAUGUGUCUGACAGGCCGCCAUCUUGAUAUGUCAGUUUGACAGUGACGUUCGGUUUUGGCGGGAAGCGCCAAGAUGGCGGAUUGUGAGCGUUUGUUGGAGUUGAGAUGGUGCAAAGGUUUGAUUACUGCGAAUGUAUUUAUGUAUAUUAUCACACUGAGACAUGGCUUCUAUGUACGUUCUAUUCUAUUAUGUUAGCAAUCAAUGGAUUUAUAAGGAGAAAGUUUUAAUAAAAAAUAUUAUGAAAUUUA